GAAAUGUAACAAGGAUGAUGGAGGGAAGUGUCCUUACAUUCAUGAUCCCUCAAAAAUUGUUGUCUGUACUAAGUUCCUGAAGGGUUUAUGUUCUACUCCAAACUGCAAAUUGACUCAUAAGGUUAUUCCGGAGAGAAUGCCUGAUUGUUCAUACUUUUUGCAAGGCCUAUACUCAAACGAAAGUUGUCCAUAUAGACAUGUCAGUGUGAAUCCUAAGGCAUCUAUUUGUAAAGGUUUUCUUAAGGGUUAUUGUGCUGAUGGGAAUGAGGAACCCCUUAAGAAGGUUGAUUUUACUUACAUGAAUUCUAUCAUGGCAAUGAUGAAGGAUCCUGAAGUUGAUAAAGCAUUUGGAUGGGUGCUUGAAAUGUGAUCGAGUAAAAUUUGUCGGUAACUUUCCACCUGCCGUCUCAUCACUACAAAAUUAUUCUUCAAGGUUUUUUCUGUCCUGCUUUGGCUAAGGCUGUAAAAACAAUGAAGAAGGGAGAGAAAGUUCUCUUGAAUAUUAAGCCAGAAUAUGCAUUUGGUGAGGGUGGAAAACCUUCAUCAGGAGAUGAUGGUGUUGUGCCUCCCAAUGCUUCACUCCAAAUGGAUCUUGGGUUAGUCUUGUGGAGGAUUGUAUCUGACAUUACUAAGGAUAAGAAGGUCCUUAUGAAGAUCUUGAAGGAAGGAGAGGGAUAUGAAAGACCAAAUGAUGGAACUAUGGUUCUAGGUACAGUUUUGCUAAUAAAAGCUUUUAAAGGUUUUUGUACUUUGAUUUCAUUUGUAAAGGUGAGAAUAUUAUGUCUUCAUUUUCUUUAGGUUUUUUUAGUUUUGACAAAGUUGGAAGAUAUACUUGAUUACUUAUAUAAUGCUAACAUGUGUUUAGUUA